AUGAACCCUUACGGUAGAGUGAUCAACCCAGCGGCCCCCGUAUCCUGUGCGAACUGCGGGGGCUGCUGCUCUCCACCUUCCCCGUGUCUCAUUCCUUCCAUGACGUCCUUAAUGUCACCGAAUAUGACCCCACCACCUCUCAUGUGCCCUGCCCCAAUCAUGCAAGUGGAGAAUGGUAGUAGCUGGAACUCGUCUUUUUGCUCCCCGGAUUCUCACCCCGGUCUUGGCUGCACGGCACCCAACUCCUACUGGACGGCAGUGUUUGAUUACGAGGCCACGGCAGAUGAGGAGCUAACCCUGAAGCGCGGCGAUCUCCUCGAGGUACUGUCCAAAGACUCCAAAGUGUCUGGGGAUGAGGGUUGGUGGACAGGCAAGAUUCAGGAUAAGGUGGGCAUCUUUCCCAGCAAUUAUGUGACAAAGGGGGAUGCUCCCAACUACCAGCAGCUCACUGUGGACGUGGGUGAGUGUCCUUUGGAGGUAGACUUCUCCGAAUUGCUCCUGGAGGAGGUUAUUGGAGCGGGUGGAUUUGGGAAAGUAUACAAAGGGCUGUGGCAAGGAGAGGAAGUUGCGGUCAAGGCUGCGAGGCAAGACCCCGAUGAAGACAUCAGCGUGACAGCGGAGAGCGUGCGGCAGGAGGCCAGGCUCUUCUGGAUGCUCCGGCACCCCAAUAUUAUCGCUCUACGUGGGGUCUGCUUAAGGGAACCCAACCUUUGCUUGGUCAUGGAGUACGCCAGAGGUGGGGCACUCAACAGAGCCUUGGCUGGAAAGAAGGUGCCCCCCAGGGUGCUGGUAAACUGGGCCGUGCAGAUUGCGACAGGGAUGGACUACCUGCACAACCAGGCGUUUGUACCCAUCAUCCACAGAGAUCUCAAGUCCAGCAAUAUACUUAUUCUGGAGCCGGUGGAGCGAGACGACCUAAGCGAGAAAACCUUGAAGAUCACUGACUUUGGCCUGGCGCGAGAAUGGCACCAAACCACCAAGAUGAGCGCGGCGGGAACGUACGCCUGGAUGGCACCCGAAGUCAUCAAGCUCUCACUUUUUUCCAAAAGCAGCGACGUUUGGAGUUUUGGCGUUCUGCUGUGGGAGCUGCUGACCGGCGAGGUUCCAUACAGAGAGAUAGACGCACUGGCCGUGGCCUAUGGCGUGGCCGUCAACAAACUCACGCUUCCUGUCCCGUCGACAUGUCCUGAACCUUUUGCUCAGCUCUUAGCAGAGUGCUGGAGCCCGAACCCCCACAGCAGGCCGUCUUUUACCAGUAUUCACCACCGGCUGCUGGCCAUAGAACAGUCGGCCAUGUUCCAGAUGCCCCUGGAGUCCUUCCACUCCUUGCAGGAAGACUGGAGGCUGGAGAUCCAGCAGAUGUUUGACGAGCUGCGGGCCAAAGAGAAGGAGCUGAGGUCUUGGGAGGAGGCGCUGGCCCGGGCGGCCCAAGAACAGCGGGAGCAGGAAGAGCAGCUGAGGAGGCGAGAGCAAGAGCUGGCCGAGCGCGAGAUCGACAUCGUGGAGCGCGAGCUCAACAUCAUCAUCCAUCAGAUGUACCAGGAAAAGCCCAGCGUGAAGAAGAGGAAGGGGCACUUUAAGAAGAGCAGGCUGUUGAAGCUGUGCAGGGAUGGCAACAGCAUCAGUCUGCCCUCUGGUUUUGAGCAUAAGAUCACGGUGCAGGCGUCCCCCAGCGUGGACAAGAGGAAGAUGCAGGGUAGCGAGAGUACCACGCCGCCCGCCAGCCCUGGUGUCAUUCCACGCCUCCGAGCCAUACGACUGACCCCAGGUGAUGGCAGCAAGACGUGGGGCCGAAGUGCAGUUUGCAAGAAGGAAGACAUGUCUGCCGGCAAGAAGAAAGGGCGCACGUGGGGGCCCAGCUCCACCCACCAGAGAGAGAGGGUCGGGGGCGAGGAGAAACUAAAAUCCCUAAGUGAGGGCUGCAAAGUGUGGUCCUCCAGUGCCCCCAACCUGGGCAAAUCCCCCAAACAUGUCCCCAUGACGGUGGGCUUCUCCAGCCUCAGUGAAAUGGAGGAAUGCUGUGAGCUGGACGAGUCGCCAGGUUCCCUGCAGCCUUCCGAAACCAGCAGCAAUGGGGCAGCUGAUGACUCUGGGUCGCUGUGGAGCAAUCUGGGUUCCAGCACUGCCGUCAGUUCGUCCGGCACCAGCUCCGCUCAGGGUUCUGUGGGCACGGCGCCGGACCACCAGGACUCAUUGAGACGCUGCGGCCAAAGGAAGCGGAGCGACAUGCUACUGUUGGGUUGUGCUUCUCUAUUGGCCUCUGUGGGCCUGGGGCAAGAUUUGCUGCAGCUGGGAAGACUACAGGUGCUCCAAGACGAGCAAGACGUGAGAGAAGAACAGCGGAAGAAGAAGGAAAGCCUUUUCCAGCGCACAGGGCGUUUCCGUCGCAGCACAUCACCCCCCAGCAGAAACAUGUCCUUGUCCCUUUCUCGCCAGCAUGACUGCACGCUACCCUCCCUGGACCCGUCGCCGUCUGUCACGCUUCUCUCCUUGUCCUCGCUGUCAGACUGCAACUCCACCAAGUCCCUCCUCCCCUCUGACCCGGACGACUAUCCGCUGACGCCGGCCGGCACGCGGGUGCCCCUGCCGGCGGUGCCCUCCCUCAACCCGUUGCUGGACUUCCGGACAGAGAGUUUCAAGAAGGAGCCCAACAGGUCGCUAACGCCCACCCACGUGUCCGCAGCAACGGCGGUCAACAGGGGGCACCGACGCACCCCGUCAGAUGGCGCCAUUCGACCUCAGGCGCAGACCCUUGUUCAUCGCAGGACGCCGUCUGAUGGGAGCGUACCUGUCACCCCUCCACUGGGGGGAGCCGUCAGCUCGGCCAACAAAGGUGCUCCGGACCCCCUGGACGUCCCUCGGCUGUCAGACCCCUCCUUCAUCUUCCCGCUCCCCCAACGCCGUAAAGCCCCUGCACCACCCAUUCCAGAGCCGGCCCCCUUCUGCCUCAUUAGCCCACUAGAGCGACCCAAGACGUUGGAGUUCACCGCCCGUCCUCGACCCGCUCCCACCCGAGUGCGUGCCGACCCUCGUAGACCGGGCUCUCUAUCAGGUACCCGUGUCUGCGACGGCCCCCUCACAUCCGGGAAAGGCGGCCCUGCGCGGCCCAGCCUGAUGGACAUGGACAUGGAGGGGCAAAGCUUAGACCCCACGGUACCUCUGUGCGGGAACUUACAGCCCGCCGGCCUUUGCGGACAACAGUACACAUAG